AUGUCUUCAGUCGCCCGCCAGUCACCACCUGUCGAGCAAAAGAAAAGCUGGCGAAAGAUAUUCAUCGCCUCCGUCGCAGGCGGCGCCAUCGCAGUCAUCGCCGGCCCCUCCAUCACCGCCGUCCUGGCCCCCUACGCCCUGUACGGCUUCAUCGCCUCGACAACAGCAACCGGCGUCCUAGGAAGCGUCACAUCGAAGGUCGUAUCCAACGUCAUUGACGCGGACGCAGUCACACUGACAAUCCAUCAACACCCCGUGCAGCGCUUCUACCGGCAGACCGUGAACGGGUACAUCGGAUCCGUCCUCGAGAGCGUCCUGUACUGCAUCCAGAUCAACAGCGAGAUCACCCUGACGAACCGAGUGUACUUUGACCUCAGCGAUGCAUUCGACUUCCGUGGAGCGAGAGCAAAACAGAAUCGGAAGAUGUUCUUUGAGUUCAGGUACAAGGUUAUUCCUGCUGCGGGGAGUCGGGCGAGGCCUCUACGCAGGGGCAUCCCACCCCGGGAGCUCCCGACGUACGACGCAGAUGCCACGAGGGAGGUCGUCGUGGGUGCCGGGAAGUCCGUGCUCGAUGGCACGGGCAGGGCAGUAUUGGAGGGAUGUGCGUUCGGGCUUGUGGGCGGUGGGCUAGGCAAGUGUGUGCCGGGGGGUAUGAAGCAGAUCCACGUCCCGACAGUCCCCGGCAAAGUGUCGAUCAUCGUGGGCAUGUCAUCUGCCACGGGUGUUAUGGGACCGGCGAAGGACCUGCUGUUUGCUGGGGCGACUGCCGACAAGGCGUCGCUCUGGCUUGAGUUUGUGACGGAGGUGCAGGACCAGGUGAAUCGGGUGAUUAGGUGCGCUAAAGACAAUGGAGUGGGGAUGGAGAUCAGUAUGGCGAUUGCGUCGAGCGAGAAGGUUGAUGGGAGUUUCCCAGAGAUGGGUGCGACGGGGUCUCAACACCAUGAUUUGUUCUGGUAUACGGAGGUGACCUGCUGA